AUGGAUUCGGAAAUACGAGAUUUCAUGAGGAAAAUGGGUUUUGGCGACAAUUACAGACAGCUUGAAAAUUAUUAUUUCGAGAACCUAUUCAAUAAAAUCAAAGAGGUUGUCAGUAAAAGGUUGAAGAUAUAUGUUUGGCAAGAAAUUUUCGACGACUCCGUUAAGACUAAUAGUUCGGUUGUCAUCCAUGUUUGGAAAAUCGGAGCGUGGAAGGCUGAAUUGGAUGCAGUUACUAGAACCGGAAAAGAAGCCAUUUUCUCCGCAUGUUGGUAUCUGAAUUAUAUUCGAACAGGCGAGGAUUGGAUUGAUUUCUAUAGAUGCGACCCUGGGACCUUUACUAAUCGGCCUGAACAACUUGCUCUACUCAAAGGUGGAGGGGCUGCGAUGUGGGGAGAGUUUGUGGACCACACUAAUCUGAUGUCUCGGUCCUGGCCCCGAGGUGCAGCGGUUGCGGAGCGCUUGUGGAGCCCGGCUUCUGCAACUGACAUUGAUGGCAUGCGAAUCCGUCUCUUCAACUUCCGGUGUUUCCUGCUCUCGAUGGGACUUGGAGCGGAGCCAGUGACAGGCCCGGGGUACUGUGAUCUUAGCUGA